AUGUUGCCUUGGGGAUCGCAAGGUCCCCCCAAUUCGCGUUCUGCGAGUGGUGGUGGUGGUGGUGGGCGGCCUGGAGGUGGAAAGAGGCCGCAGCAAUCAAACUCGGUAUCCAAGAAGUCGGCUAACAAGAAGCUGCAGACUUCGAAAGGGACGGGUGCCAAGAUCACCAGCUUCUUCCAAAAGGCUGGUGAUACUCAAACUCUUACGCCGGCCGACGAUCCCGUCGAUACCCAGCCGGUCCCUCCCACCCUCUAUCCUAGACACGAGCCAUUUGAGCAGCUGUUCUAUUGGCCAUCCUCGCGCCAAGAGAACCCCUUCACACUGGGAGGUACGGAGGAGAAUCCUGGGGUUUCGUCCGAGUCUCGUGCUCGUGAUGAAGAACUAGUUGCCGUUGCCCAGAAAGUCUCUGGGACUGAAGGCGUCGAUACCCCAACGGCUGCUAUCCAUGCGGCCAGGAUUGCUCCUCUGCUUCCACUGGAUGGUGGUGUGCAGACUUUUGCUGGCCUUGUGGGUGAGAUUGAGGAUGAUGAUGAUGAAAUUGCUCCUUGCCUUGAGGAGUUCGACUUCCCUGAGGACGAGUACGAUCCUCAGGAUGACCCAGAUGCUGACGACUACCUUGAUCCGCAGGACAAGGGUGUCGUUACUUCUGAUGGGGAUGUGAGUGUCGGCAUGGGGAUCACCUCUUCUGGAGGUGUGACUGCUAGCACUGGAAUCAUCUCGGGCGUGGCAAGCCCUUCCGGGGGUCAGCGCCCUGGCGUGGUAAGCACUUCUUCCGGGAGUGUGAGCGCCAACCUUGAUCCCAUGCGGGAUGACAUCUUCCACCGGGCUUUGAGAGAGACCGUUGAAGUCUUGCAGGCUAAGCUUAACAGCAUGUCCUUCGAUGACUUCAAGAGGGACCUCCCGAUCGUGUGGUCAUUCUAUGGCAUCCUUCAGCGGACAUCAUGCGAAAACUUGCUCGCACGGCUGCUCCCAGCCAUUCUGCCCGAGGUCCGGGUGCUUUUUGAGAAAGAGCAGUGGACUCUGCAGGAUCUGCGUGCCCUAGAGACUGUGCGCCCAUGGGAUACACGCAUGGGUGUGUAUUGUGACCUGGUUACAGGACAUUUCUCCGACCAGCGCAACACCGAAUGCGAUGUCUACACUGGGUAUAGCAGCGCAGUGGGCAAGCGAUGCCACAGCGGACAUGCUGCUUGCAUCAGAAAGCGGGACCGGUCCAACUCCCACUACAAGCGGGCCAGUUCACCUGCGGCGACAGGCAAUGUCUUCAAGUUGCUUGCCGUGUUCACUCCGCGCCAGGACACCGCGGCGGCUCAGCUCUUGGAGGGUCUGUUUAUGAUCAUCCUUGAUACCUGGAAGGCGGACGGGCGACCGUUCAGGUACUGCCCUCAGGUCACAUUUGAUCUGGCCAAGGACGUCCGGCCCGACUGGCUGUUCUCGCCGGGGUGGAAUGGACUGAAUAUGGUUUGGUCCUUGAAGCAGGGAGUCGCCGGCACGUUGUUGCGUGGAGAGUCGGCGUGCUGCAAUCCUCGCUGCACCCACCGUGUUGUGCGAAAAGCGGAUUUUAUUCGCCGUCGCAAGGAAGGGACUUUGGGUCGUUGCGAUGUGGCCGUGAAACUUCGCUUCAUCUUUGACCCCUUAGAUGCUUUCGCUGGAUAUCUGUGCGAAUCCUGCUGGAAACAGCGCCGUGACAAAGGCCAAUUGCCCGACGCAGAGUGGAUUCAUAACCACAAUGUCGAGCUAACGUCGGCUGCCGAUAACAAGGCUGGCAUCAAAAAGCGCUGCGAGCACUGCGGGGAUUGGCAGAAUAUUGAAGCGCGGGACCUCCACCACGUCCGGUCUCUUGACAAGUGGAUGUGCGGAGGAUGCGCCGCGCACUGGUACGAGCACGGCAGGGUGCGAGACCUGGCCGCUAAGAUUCGCCAACAGGAGCGAGAUGCGGCCCGUGAAGCCGAUCCUAGUUGCCAGAAUGGCGAUUGUCCGAUGACGGAGGCUCUCCACCUUGCGAAAUUCGGCAGGCCCCUUAUUUGGACCAAAGACGAUGGAUUUCGCUGCCAGACGUGCUAUUCAUUUAGAUUGCAGCACCCUGGUCAAGAACGUCCCGAUCCGCUCAGCAAAUUCUCCUCGGAGGAUCUUGACAUGCUUCGGCAGAUGCCUUCUCGUACCUGCUAUACCUGCGAGGGUAAGGAGGGAGAGCUCGGUGUGAGCACGAGCUGGAGCAAGGAGAACGGCGAGGAUAUUUGCCGCGCCUGCACUCAGUAUCUCAAGCGAACCGGCGAGCGCCGAACACCGCAUCUGCAGCGCUUGAACGAGGCUACGGUGAAGGUGGACAAGACCCGGGACGAAAGAGGCAAGGUCUUCUGCGGCUUAUGCGGCAGGGAAGAGUCUGCAGCGGCCAAAAAGUUCACUGUUCACAAGGAACUGUGCCGGCCUCUUUGCCGUAAGUGCGCCGCUGACACGAUCAAAAAGGCCAAAGAAGCUGCGAAUGCCGAUGAGAACUCGACGUGA